AUGGCAGAGCUUCACGUCAUUGGUGACCUUGCCUCAGGGGAGCAGUUCGGCGGGAUGAGCUACUUUUGCGUGUUUGAGAUGGUGACCGGCGAGCACUGGAGUGUCGUCGAGGGUCGUACCUCCGGCUGCACGCACAUCAUGGCGAGCGGUGAGGACGACACUGUGGCCUGGUGCUUUCCCAUAGACGUUCACUUUACAACAAAUAGUGUUGAGGGAUGGCCGAAGAUAUCUCUGCAGGUGUGGUCGGUUGACAGCUACGGACGGAAGGACCUGGCGGGAUAUGGCGUUGCCUUCCUGCCACCGCCCAGCAUGGAGGAUCAGGAGGUGGUUGUGGCGACGUGGAAGCCGUGCUACUGGAAUCCUAACUUCUUUUCUCGCAUGUAUGAGAGACUGCGACUUCUGGUGCUGGGCGGAAACCCCGUGCUGCGUGACAAGGCGCUGAUACACACCAACGACGAGCGCUUUAAGUUGUACACAGUUAGCGGUGGGACAGUGCGUCUCCAGCUUAGCGUCGUUUCUCGAGGGAUGCAGAGAUUGGGGAUUCGGUGCAGUUCAACAGGUGCGGAUCAUAAACCAUAG